AUGACGGAAAAUGAUGAAGUGAAUUCAUGUAACGGUUCCAGUUCCUGUUGCUCUUCUCGAAUACCACCUUUAAGUGAUUCGGAACAACGCUUAUCUGAAUCGGAUGGACCAAAUCACGGCUCUGAGGAUCUUCAUCAUUUCAACAAUGAUUAUGUAAAAGUUAUUCCAUCACUGCGUACAACAAUUCCAUCUGGUUACAAAUAUCUUCAGGUGCAAACUCUCACAAAAGAGACUAUCACACUUGCUGUACAUAUGAAAUGUCGUGUGAAGGAUGCAUAUUUAUGCUGUUGUGCAUAUCUUGGUUUUAAUGAGGAACGAUUGUUUGGCUUGGCCCUUCGAACACCCUCUGAAGGUAUCGGUGGUGAUCGACCGAGAAAUGAAUAUUUUUUUUUAGACCCAAAUCGGAAAAUAGCAAAAUAUGCUCCAAAACAAUGGAAAAUAUCACAUGCAUGGAAUGCCGUUGUUGAAAGUCGCCCAUUUUUGGCUCUUCAUCUUCGAGUUCGCGUAUUUGUGGACAAAGCAUGUGCAAUUGGAUGCACUACAACUCUCAGGUAUUAUUACCUGCAAUUGCGCGAAAAUCUCUUAGAUCAAUGGUCAGGUUCAAAUUCAGUUGCUGAAGAGCGCUGCUGGGAACUUGCUGCAUUAGCGUUGCAUGCUGAUGAAAAUGACAAUGAUCUAUUAUCUUUCCGAGCCGAGCGUUAUUUUCCUCUUUGGGUAGUGAAUGUUCAUGGUCUCGAUUUUGUACGACGUAAUAUGCCUGCGGUUCGUGAAGAUCUCAGAACAUGCUCGAGUAAUGAUGCAAUUAUAGAAUACUGUCAACACGCUUCUCGAGCACCGUUCGCCUUGAACUGUCAUUUGUAUGGAUUACGAAGGCAUAAAAUGGAUACAUUUGAUAAUGCAGUUAUUGGAAUUAGCCCGAAAGGGAUCGAAACAUCAGAUGUAGGCAAUGAUGGAGAAAGAAUUCCGCUCCGUAAGCUACAAUGGAAUCGUAUAGCAAAGUUGAGCUUUGACAAACGAAAAGUGACAAUAACUGGAGUGGAUGGUGUGAGCUUAUCGUUAUACGCUCAAUUUGAGGAUAAAGCUCGCUAUUUGUUGGAAUUUUGCAAAGCUUUCCAUCAAGCAACUUUAUUUAUCAACAAUCAAUUUGCAUUUCGUCAAAAUCAUACCACAAGCAUGAAUUCGCCUCUCUUCUGCACAGAUGAUCGUUGCUUAGACGAUGCGCUCUACUCUCGACGUUCACUUAAUUCACGUGCUUCCAGUAAUAGCACAUCGGGAGUUGUUUCCGAUAAAUUGGGAAGCGAAGCCGAUAAAGAUUGUGAGUGGACUGAUACGUGCGGUGUUGCAUCAGAUUGUUCAUGUGAAGAAAUACAACCUUUUACGGUGGAAGAUCUGACGGGAGAAUUGGACAAGACAUCAAUUCAUGCACUUGCUGAAGUUGUUAUCAGUACCCAGGAUGAAGCAACAAGUACAGAGAGUGAUACUCUUGAUCCCAAUACUUCCUCGCGAAGUAAAGAAGCAAAUUCAUCAAAAAAGGUUACUGAAAUAACAGACGAAAAGGCAAUCUUCGUCUCUUCCGACAGCUCUGUUACAAAAAAUGCAUCUCAUGCGGAAGAAAUAGAGAAUAAAGAAGGAAUGGGAAAUGUCGAUAACGUCUUAGAACCCAUCUUAAAGAAGCGAUCAUUCACGGAAAGCGAUACAGGUAGUGGCGUAAACAGUAUUGUUAUGCCACUGAUUCUAACGAAAGUGGAUUCUUGCAGUCAGAAGGACUAUUGCGAUGAAACAGAAAAAAAUGAAGUAAUAAUGGAUGGGAUCUUGAAACAACCUCCACAGUACAGUGAAACACUAGAAGCUUUUCACACACAAAAUAAGCUUCAAAUUCCUUACCAUCGACCAAAUCCAAAUCCAAAUAUGAAGCCAAGAUGGAUUACUGUGGCUGGUGUCAGUCAUUCUGGACCUACUGUUUCCUGUCCACUUGAAACAUCCACACAUCUUACUUAUUCCGAACCGAAACUUCAUUAUCAAAUGUAUACGAGAUCGGGAUCUCCGUUAACAUCAAUGCCUACCACUUCACAUCAGUUACCAUUAGUGGGAUCACCAUCGCGCCCUUCAUCCUCUUACACACCAUCUCUCAUACGUACAGGUGUAACUGGUGGCUUAUUUCAAAAACGUCAUGGACAACGUAUACUGCAUGGCACCGCUGUCCGGGGAAUUAAUCGUGUACAAAGCAUGCCAGCACAUAACUCACAGCAUUAUGUUGAUAAUGAUGAGCCGAUGCCAUUAUCAGCUGCACCAGCAUCAAUUAAGCAUUCACAAUCAUCCCCGGGAACACGAUUUCCUGCUUUUACAAAACAGCCACCUCCUUACGAACAUGCCAUCUCGCAGCAAGCACGCGCACGUUAUGCACAGAAGAGUACAAUAACACCAUCAUAUCCGAGUAGCGUACCAAAAGAUGUUUUAUCUCAGAGACAUUCAUAUACCAGUGAUCAUGAAGAAAUGACUUUAAAUAGUCGUAUUCGGCAAUAUCCAAUGAUGAGAGCUUUAUGGCAAGAGCAUCAGCAAGGUUCUUGCACUCAAUUAGCGACAAACUCAAAUUCAACUACUCGACUUGGUGUACCAUCUGUAUCCAACCCGAUGUUAUCCUCGUUGAAUGCAGUAUUAGAUGAUUCUACAACAACUGAUUCACAGUUACAGCGACCAUCUUCAUGUCAGGAACUUUCGUCAUCUGUCUUAGUUACAAUAUCACCACAUUUGACCUCAACCACUUACGAUUCUCGACAAACUACAGCGUAUACGUCGCGGCCAUCUACCACCUGGACACCGGUUUAUCACCGGGAACUUUAUGUGCCGGAUCCAUCACCACCAUCAUGUUGCUACUAUUCACCGUAUGCUGCUGGUCGAAAUCAGAUGAGAGCAGGACGAGCCGUCCGAGACAAUGAAAAGUCGCAAAAAAGUGGAUAUACUUGUCCUCUGAUACCAGUGAGUGAGGAUUGGAUUCUGUCACAUUCGGUGUUGGAUUUGCCACCGCCGCCGCCCUAUCCGCCACCGCGAUGUCCACCUUCACCUGCGACAGCAAACAAUGCGCAAAUGGUUGCCUGA